AUGUCAGUUCCUAAAACCAUAACCUUCAUGAGUGUCUUUGUUGCAACAACAACACUACUCGCGUCUUGUAACGCAGCCGCAAACAACACAGAGCCACCGCUCUUCCCAGCGAUUUUAGUCUUCGGCGAUUCAACCGUUGACACAGGCAACAACAAUUACCCCUCAAGCACAAUCUUCAGGGCUACAAAUUUUCCUUACGGCAUUGAUCUCCCAGACCACAAAGCUACCGGAAGAUUCUCAAACGGAAAACUAAUCCCCGACAUGCUCGCUGCCAAAUUUAACAUCAAACAGUUUAUUCCUCCUUUCUUACAACCAAACCUCUCCGACCAAGAGAUUGUAACCGGAGUCUGUUUUGCAUCAGCCGGUGCGGGUUACGAUGACAGAACCAGUCUCGCGUCUAGGGCGGUUCGUGUCUCGGAACAACCUAAGAUGUUCAAGAGUUACAUUGCUCGUCUCAAAGGUAUCGUAGGAGACAAGAAAGCCAUGGAGAUCGUAAAUAAUGCUUUGGUGAUUGUGAGUGCAGGGCCUAACGAUUUCAUCUUUAAUUAUUACGAUAUUCCUUCAAGACGUCUUGAGUAUCCCCACAUUUCUGAUUACCAAGACUUCAUACUUACGAGGCUUGACAGUUUCGUCCGGGAGCUUUACAGUUUAGGUUGCCGGAAUAUUAUGGUUGGAGGUUUACCGCCGAUGGGUUGUUUACCGAUACAAAUGACUGCUAAGGUCGGUGACAUCCUAAGGUUAUGCUUGGAACAAGAUAAUAGAGACUCUGUUUUAUACAAUCAGAAACUUCAGAAGCUGUUACCUCAGAUCGAAGCAUCUCUUACAGGAAGCAAGAUCCUUUACUCCAAUGUCUAUGACCCUACAAUCGACAUGAUUCAGAACCCUAGCAAAUACGGGUUUAAAGAGACGAAUAGAGGAUGUUGUGGAACAGGGUAUUUCGAGACGAGCUUCGUCUGUAAUGCUUUAUCUUCGUUGUGUGGGAAUCACUCGGAGUUUUUGUUCUUCGACUCGAUUCAUCCAUCAGAAGCUACUUAUAACUACAUCGCUAAUUUGGCCGAUAAGCAUAUCCGUGAGUCGCUUGCUGCCUAA